AGUUGGAAGUUGCCUUCUGCUGCAUUGAGCACCAAAGAAGCAGGUUACACACCAUAUCAGCGUUGAUCCGAGCUGUUAACGUUCAGGUUUCGCCGAGCCAGAUCCAACGGAGGAGGUAAAUGUCAGACUGUUUAACCCUCCCGACUCAUUCAAUUACGCCUUUAUAACGUUUCUAAAUUGAUUUCUCCAAUGAAAUGGGGCUGUGCAAGUGUCCGAAGAGGAAAGUCACGACUUUGUUUUGCUUCGAACACGCAGUAAACGUAUGCGAACAUUGCAUCGUCGUCAACCAUCCAAAGUGCAUAAUCCAAUCGUACAUAAGAUGGCUGCAUGAUAGCGAAUACAAACCAAACUGUGGACUUUGUAAUGGUCCACUGGAAUCAGAAGAAUGUGUCAGGCUAAUAUGUUACCAUGUUUAUCAUUGGAGGUGCUUGAACAAUAGUGUAUAUGAACAGAUUGGUAAAAGAACGACUGAUGACCUACCAGAUUUUAAAUGUCCAGAUUGUAAUAAAUUAAUUCUACCCCAGGACAAGGUGGUAUCUCCAGUUGCAGCCGCACUACGAGAAAAAUUGCUGACAGUUAAUUGGGCAAGAUCUGGACUAGGAUUACCAGAGAUUAUGAAUGAGGAGGAGUUCAAACCAAAUAGUGAACUUCCACUACAGCAUUUGAAAAAGAACUCUCCGCCUAUGCAGGCAUCCAAAUUGAGGGAUGACGUUGUGCUUCAUGUUGAUGAAAAUAUGUUUCCAACAUCCCGCCCAGAAGAGACAGCUCAGUUUCCCAGGAGGGUUGGCCAUGGUUCUUCUAAUUCCAAGUUGCUCUUAGUUGAAGAAGAUGAAAGUAAAUAUAGAAGAAGGUAUUCAAUAUUUGCAAUUCCCAGGUGGCUAAAGUCAAUUGGAAGUAAAGUGUGCAGCUUGAAAAGAAACCCUUGGAAAAUAAUUACAGUUUUGAUCGCCUUGUUCGUUUUAUGGCUAUUGUUCUCACUUACAGGUUCAAGUUCGCAUGAAUUAAAUGAAACAAAUCUAACCUGAUUGAUGAAUAUAACAAAAUUCCAAACAUAAAUGUACAAUUUUGAUUUAUUCAGACUGUGUGGCUUUGUGAAAAGCUGAUGUAGUCAACCAACAUAUGAAAAUUUUUGUGACAAAAUGUUCAUAAUAUAACUUAUAAUAAAUCUAAUAGCUCUUGUUUUUAUUUUAAAAAAUAUUAAAAAUAUAUUAAUG